AUGUUUACACGACCAUGUAUAUGGGUCAUUAUUCGUAGACGACCUCCCUUUCCGACGUUAGCGCCGAAUGUUACAAUUCCAGCCCAGCCUCCAUCCCCUUCUGCCCCAGGAACAGUAGCACAAACCACAAUAGCUACCAAUCAAGCUCAGGCUAACCCUGCAACGAUGGCUACAACAACUGCAGCAACCGCCGCUCCUGCUGCUGAAACAACAACAACGGUUGUUGCCGAAACGACAGCGGCUCCAGCAGCAUCGACAAUGGCAAUGGAGGUUUCAACAGCAGCCGAAACUACAACCGCUGCAGCAUCUACAACGAUUGCCGAAUCAACUACAGCUGCUCCUGAAGCUGCAGAAACCACAACAGUAGCAUCAAAAUAA